GGCCUGUGCUCACAGUGCGGGUUCUCAGGAGGACAGUCUCCCCUGACACUGGAUCCUCACUCUCCAUGUCAGGUGUCACUUGACCAAGCCUUCCCUCUGCUUGGGCUGAGCAGGAGACACUGUCCAGAGCGUCCACACUCUGUCCCCAGGAUACAGGGUCCUGAAGGCGCAGAAGUGACAGUUGCCUUCUGCUCUAGUGUGUCCUCCUUGAGCACAGCACUUGGGAGAACACCAAGUGGGGAUUUCACAGACAAAUCCUCCUCUGAGUUUCUCAAAGAAGGAAACAUUGAAAUUCAUUCAUCACUUUACAAAUGGGUAAAAGGAACACAUUUCUAUCCAUGAAAACCAAGAGUCACGUUAUCCUUAAAGAAUGAGCAGCUUCUUACAGAAGAAGAGGCAGAGAGGCGAGUCCCAGCCCCUCAUUAUUUUCCUUUUGUUCCCAGCGCCAGGGCAGAGUGAAGAGGAGGAGGAAUGGCGCGACCCUGAGAGGUAAGGUUCUGUCUUGUCCCCAGCUCUCCAGGGGAGCCUCCUGUUCCUCCCAUGGGGCCCCAGGUCCAUGAUCUCAAGGCUGUCAGGUGCUGGGCACAGUGUCUGGGAAAGCAGAGCUCAGGGGAGGCUCACAGGAGGGCAGUGGGACCUGAGACACUUCUCGGAGUUCCGCUCUGCCCACCUGUGGGCAUGACGCAGGGAUGGGCCUGGGCCAUGGGUCUCCCCAGUAGGCGGCCAUGGGAGACAUCCAGGAAGGACUCCCGGUGGGGCUGGAGUCAGCACUUCUGUCCCCUGACUCUGCAUAAGAGCCCUGACUCCCUGGGUGCUCGGGUUGCUCUGAGGGAACCACUGACUUCUGGGCUUUACCUGGUGCUUUUGAGCUUCACGUGGGACAAUGGGAGGGACAGGACUUUCUAGAUGAAUCCACACACACACUUGACCCACGCUAAUAUUACUGUUGAGCAUUUGACCAUGUCUGCUGAUGUUGGGGCUGCCAGAGCUUAACAGGCCCAGGGUCUCCAAUAAAGGGAGCCCCGUGUGAUCCUCUGCUUCUACCUUCCUCACAUAUCACCUUCUCUCCUGGUUCUCACUCGGAGAAUGACCCCGAGAGAUGCCGUGGAGGGAAGGAGGCUGCUUUCUUCCAUGGAAAGACCCCUGGGACAGCGCGAUGUGGAUAUCAUAUUCCACCUACAUCACCCGGCACACCCACACCCCCUCUGUGAGCUGUGCCGCAAAACAACCUGAAAAGCCAAACCAUCCCUGCCCAGGGAAUCCCUCCAUGCUGCUGCUCCCUCUGCGGCCCCUUUCGCCUCCAGCACAGCCUCGCUGUCCGCAAGCCUUCCAGGACUCCUGCCUCCAGCCCCUCCGCCCCACCCUUCUGCACCCCAGCCUCUUGCUGUUCCCCGUCCCCCAGGUCACACUCCACGAGCACGGCCGCUUCUCAAACCAGAGGCCACUGUCUCGUGGAAGAACAUCCUGUUUUUCGGCCUCCGCCUUUCCCGAGACAUCGAUCCCUUUCCCCUUUCAUCCCCGGCCACGCAUCUCACACACGCCCGUGCGCGUCACCACGCACCGCCAGCCCCGUCUGCUCCACCACCUCCAGACGGCACUUUAGCCGUGACUCCACCUAAACCGGCUCCCGCCCUUCAGAACCUUGGUCUGGAGAUGUUCUCUCCUGGUAGCGCUCGAGAACCGUCCCCUCUUUUCCCUCCAAAGAGAGGCACUGACCCUCCAAAGCUGACAGUGUCAGCUUUCUUCUGGUGGCAGCCUCAUGCCCAGGACUUGUUCCCCUCCAAAUGGGCACCCUGUGAUUUUAAGAAACAGCUUCUCGCCCUCCACUAUUCUGAAGCCUCAUUUGCGGGAGACCCUGCAGCCAGCCUCGGAGUGUCUGCUUCCCUCUCCCUGCCCAACUCUGCCCUGCUGGCUCUCUGGGAGAGACUAGUUAGGAAGAGGGGGCAGUUCCUAAUGUGGAAGGGAAAGGAAGACAAAGUGGGGUCUAUCCUAAAACAGCUCAGGCCAGGCGACCACCUCACUGCUUCAGGGACCACGUGGGCAGCAGCUGCCAGUCAGCAGGGCGCCGCAGGUUCCCUCCCUCGCUGCAGAAGUGAAGGGAAAGCAGCGGAGCUGCACCUGCGCCCGCAGCCCCUGCGCCCUGACACCUGGGAGGACGACCUGCAGCAAAAACAGCUGGAGCUCCUGCUGUCUCUGCGUGGCGAGUCCCUGCACUCUGUGGUCCUUGUCCGAGGCAGCUGUCUCCCUACAUUUGUUUUCCUUACCACAAUCGCAAGUUCCUUCAAAGCUGAAGGAUUCCUGGCAAUUGACCGCCUCCAACUGCUGUGCUUGCCCCAAACCCUGCCCCAGUCUCAGUCCCUAACCCUCACUCAGGUCUGGCCUCUGGCCCCAUUUCAACCCCCACUCCCCAUCCCACCACCUGGGCCUCUAUGCCCGAUUCGGAUCUGUGGGGUGAGUUUGCACAAAGCCCAGAAUGCGGUGCGGUGUCUUGUGUCAUCGGACAUUCCCCGCCUGCACUGGAACAUGCCCCGGAAAGAUCAGGAGACGGUGUGGGGUUUAUGCUCCACGAUCCGGAAAUUUCUAGAAGACUUUUGUCCUUCAGUUCCCAGCAUCACAUGCCUCAGCCAGUCCUCCAAGGUCUCCGUUCCAAUCUCUGUCCUUCCUGGAGACUUUUCUCCCAGCACAAAGCUUCAGAAGAAAACCGGACUCCACCGUCAACCGAGGCUCAUCCCACCCGGGUGCGGCUCGUGCAACACCUGCCACACCCGUGGGUGUCGGUCACUACUAAGUCCUCGGAGAGAAACUCCUGACAGGUCUGUGUCCAUAUGCCAUGGGACUCUCUCCUGGGUUUCAUUCAUUCGAGGUCAUGGGAGAAAAGACAUAGAAUAUUUUGUAUUCAGCCCAUCUGGAAGCUUCCAAGAGACAAGCUCAAAAAUCCCACUAAAAAAGAACUCGAGGAAGGAUCAGGAAUGAAGGCAGAAGAACGGCCCAAAAGAUCAUCAUUUGUCGGGAACAACAAAUUCAGCAUGUGGGAUGUCUAUGUCCCCAAGAUUCUUCUUUUCCUGGAGAAAAAGUCAGAACAACACAAUCAUCUCCCAGCCUGCAUCAUCCCCUCCCUGCCUCUUCCCCUGCGGGAAAAGGGGCACAGGGAGACCCAAGACCGUCCCCCUCUGGCGCCAACCGUGACCUUCCAGAGAAGGUCUGGACAGCUGAGGAAGGCAGGCAGACUGGCCUGCAGCCCCCUCAGGGCAGCACAGAGGAGACGUUAGAGGAGUCCCCUGGGGGCGCUUGAGAAAGCGAAUGCUCCGACUGUGGCAGUGGCUUCCUAAGCCCAGAAGAAAGCGCAAGGGGCAAAAGAAUUGCCUGUGGGAGGGCAGCUCCCUGUCGUCUCAGGAGACUUCCUCAACUGCCCUCCUCGGGCGGCCUCAGCACCCUCCCAGCUCCCCCUCCAGGGCUCAGGGAGUCCACGGUCCUCCGGCCACCCCUUCCCGUCCUCAGAACACACAAAGGUUUAGACUUUUCCCCUGCAUUUGCUGAGGGGGAAGUCACUCCCCCAAAACUUCAACAUGGUUCUCUGAAUAAAUGCUCUGCAAGA